UUUACUCAGCGGAAGUCCCCACUCAUAACCUCCGGCCUCCAGAUUCCUCGGCGGCGAAGGCGGCGGCGGAGUUUGAAGCGGAAUCAUCAGUAGUCGGAGUUUCUGGCAUUGCUGAAACGUGAAGUUUGAAGUAGCUGGUGAAAUUGAAGCACUGAAUUUUAGUACAAUUUUUCGUAGUUAUUGGUGACGGAGAUCAAUGGCGGAUUUUACGACUUCGACACACAGAGCGAAGUGGAUAUUCACGCCUCAGGCUCUCAAGGAGAAAUACAAGGAGGCUAAUAAACGAGCUAAGCAAGCACUUGAGAAGUAUGGAGCUACACGGAUGGAAGUAGAUGUUGAUGGAUCCUUCUCUUAUGCUGAGCCACAAACUGAUGCAAAGGCUAGUGCUGACAAGCAUUCACGUCCGAAAGCUCUCAAGACAGAAGAAGAACAACUAAUGCGGGCUUUCUACGAGUUUAAAAUUCAAGAUGUUUGUGACGCCUUCAAGUUUCCACGUAAAAUUCAGGCAACUGCUCUUAUCUACUUCAAAAGGUUUUAUUUGCAAUGGUCCGUGAUGGAGCAUCAUCCAAAGAAUAUCAUGUUGACAUGCAUAUAUGCUGCUUGUAAGGCAGAGGAGAACCAUGUGUCUGCGGAGGAGCUUGGGAAAGGAAUCGAACAGGAUCAUCAUAUGAUUCUUGAUAAUGAAAUGCUGGUUCUUCAGAGUCUAGGAUUUGACCUUAUAGUUUAUUCACCAUAUCGACCACUUGAAGGCUUUAUCACUGAUAUGCAGGAUUUCGGUGAUGCAAAAGAGAGGCAGCCUGAGAUUAUGAAGAAUUUCCAUGAAUCUGCCAAAGCUGAAGUUGAUAAAAUUAUGCGUACAGAAGCCCCCCUUCUGUUCCCACCCUGGCAGCUAGCAUUGGCAGCUUUACGAAGAUCUUGUGAGUUGCAUAAAGCCAUCGACUUCGAGAGAUACCUGAAAAAUGUGCACUCUCGGCAGCAUCCAGCUCAUGGCAUUUCAGAGCUCAACCUUAACAUGAAUGCAAUUGAUGGGCUGAUUAAUAAGCUCGAGACCCCUACCUCGAAAGAUGUGAAGCACAUCGAUAGGAAACUUAAAUCAUGCUUGGAUCCAACUUCACAUGAGAAGAGCAAGAAACGAAAGCACAGAUCGAAGGAAGGUUCAAAUGAAAUGCAUGACAUGUAAGGGUGCUGAGGAUAGGGGUGUACAUCACAUCAACAUGUUCCAGUUUGUUUGCUUGUGGAUCAUACUUUGUCUUUUUCGAUUCUCGAAGCUCCGGCCUUAUCGACAACAGCUGAAGCUGAUACACCGUCAGCAGGGUGUAGCUCAGUAAGAUGCUAGAUUGAAGUUUAGAGUUUGUAUUGCAUGAAGAGAAUGAUUAUUGUCACCAAAUUUUGGCUAGCUUUCACAAUUUUGCAUUGAGAUGCAUGAGCAUGUGAUUUUAGGUUAAAAAUAUUUGUAUUUGUGUACAUGUAAAUUGUGCAUGUAUUCCAUCAAUUUGAAUUGCUAUAAAAGUAUCAAACAAAGCUGGGUGCUCAAAAA